AACUACGGCAUGCUGGGUCUGGUGCUGCAGCGCGCGUUGCUGGUGUGCUGGGCCGCCUGCGUGCCUGUGGCGCUGCUGUGGAGCCAGGCGCCGCGGCUGCUGGCGGCGAUGCACCAGCAGCCGGACAUCGUGGCGGGGGCCAGCAGGUACCUCUCCAUCGCCACCCCCGCGCUGUUCCUGUCGGUGCUGUCCGCCUGCCUGUUCCGCUACCUGGUCACGCAGCACCGGGUGCGACCCUCCACCAUCUGCACGCUGGUCACGGCGGCGCUGUGCCCGAUCUACAACUGGCUGCUCAUAUACAGGUUUAAGAUGGGUCUGGAGGGCGCAGCAUGGGCCUUCGUGGCGUCAACGGGCACCUACUCCGUACUGCUGGUGUGCUACACUGUCGUACGCGACUGGCGGCGGUACAAGUGCAACCACCCCGUGCAGACGUGGCCGGGGUUCAGCCGGGGGGCGCUGCAGGGGUGGGGCACCUACCUGCGGCUGGCGGCGCCGGCGGCCGCAAUGAUAUGCAUGGAGUGGUGGAUGUUCGAGUUCGUUAUCGUCAUGUCGGGCUGCCUGGGCGCCUUUGCGGAGGUGGCGGUUGCGGUGACCGGCAUCUCCUUCCACAUCACUUCCUGGACCUACAUGAUCCCCAUGUCUCUGGGCACCGCCGCCAACGCCCGCGUCUCCAACGCACUGGGCUCGGGCUCGGCGCAGGGAGCCCGCACCGCCGCCCGCACCGCCAUCUCCACCACCCUGUGCCUGCAGCUCUGCAUUGCGGCGGGGCUGUUUGCGGGGCGGCAUCACGUGGCGCAGGCCUUCACCACACAGCCCGACAUCGUACACCAUGUGGGCCGCAUCAUGCCGGUGCUGUCCGCCAGUGCGGUGGGCGAUGGGCUGAUCGCGGUGCUGGGUGGCGUGUUGCGCGGGUCGGGUCGGCAGUCGCUGGGCGCCGCACUCAACCUGGUGGGCUACUGGCUGGUGGGCUGCCCGCUGGCGGUGCUGCUGGGCUUCAAGGCGGGUUGGGACGUGCUGGGGUUCUGGUGUGGACUGGCAAGCGCGACGUCGCUGCAGGCAAUCAUCCUUUCGGUGGUCAUCUCACGAUGCGACUGGAACCGUGAGGUGGCGCGGGCAGCUAAGCUGGUUUCGGAGCAUGCCGCGCCCCUGCUGGAGCCUCCCCUCACCUCGCAAUCACCUCAGCCCGAGCCGGAAGAGGCGGCGGCGUCGGCUGCUGCUGCUGGUGCGGCGCUGCUGCUGAUGCCGGAGCAGGUUUCGGAGCCAGCACAGCAGGGAAGUGGG